GUCGAAGUAUCAAUGUUAAAUCUGCUGGGCUGAUUGGAAGGCAUGGGCCUCAGUCAAAGCAACCAUUCAUGGUUGCAUUCUUCAAGGCAAGUGAAGUCCUUUUCCGUUCUGUCCGAGCAGCCAACAACAAGAGGAAAAAUCAGAACCGCAACAAGUCCAGUAGUCAUCAGGAGUCUUCUAGGAUGCCAAGUGUUGGGGAUUAUAACACAAGUGAGCAAAAACAAGCGUGUAAGAAACAUGAACUUUAUGUGAGUUUCCGAGACUUGGGAUGGCAGGACUGGAUUAUUGCACCGGAAGGUUAUGCUGCGUUUUACUGUGAUGGAGAGUGUUCUUUCCCCCUCAAUGCCCACAUGAAUGCAACAAACCAUGCCAUUGUCCAGACUCUGGUUCACUUGAUGUUCCCUGAUCAUGUACCAAAGCCAUGCUGUGCACCAACAAAACUGAAUGCAAUCUCCGUGCUCUACUUUGAUGACAGUUCCAAUGUUAUUUUAAAAAAAUACAGGAAUAUGGUGGUGCGCUCAUGUGGCUGCCACUAGAAUAAAAAAAAAUAAUCUAAAGCAGAGGGGUUUAUUCAGAAUUGUAAUAAAGUCAAGAUAUGAGCCUUGCUGAUGAAAAGGCAGGCCUAAAUUUAUUCCAUAUCAUGUCAUCUCUCAUUUAAUUGUACAGUAUAAUGUAUAUAGUAGCUUUUAUUUAUUUAAAAGUAUAUAGUUUCUUUUGUAUGAGCAAAAUUCCAGAACCAUUUAUUUUAUGGGUCACCUCACCAUUGCAGUAGGAGUUCACAAACUAAUUUUUCAAUUGACCAUACUGGAAUCUGUUUCAUUCUGUUUCAAUAUUUUAAAGUAAAGCCUUUGUAUAGAAUUUUUUUUUUUAAACUAGAAACUCCAGAACUUCUAUAACUGCUUUGUAUUGUUAAAGGAACUAAAAUACAUUUGGUCAUAUUGUGCCAAUGAAAACUGUGGAGAGUUAUUUAUUUAGAAAAAGGCACAGGGAAAAAAAAAAAAGAAACUAAACAAAACUGCUUG